AUGUUAUCAAAUAAAGUGCAGUUUGGUGAACUUCAACCGAAACACAGGACUCUAUCUUUAAAUGUUCGUCGUCUUCAAGAAGCUUUAUCAGUGUAUUUGAGUGAUGAAGAAACUACAGGAUUUAUUGAUGCCCUGAACACUUAUAAUGCAGAUCGUGAUGUUUUUGAAUUUGUGAACAAUUUAAAGAAAAUUUUGAACAGUCCUACCAAAAGACAAUUGUUUCCUCUUGUUAAACGAGUGAUUCCACGUAACGAUUUGGACUCCUUCGAGUUACUUACAAAGGAUAGUCACUCUCAUACUCUUACUAAUGGCUACUCCAUACCUCCGUCCACAAUAGACGAUUCGGCUGACACUUUUAAACUUUACUUGCGUCCAUCCAUGAAUCCUAACGAGAGUUUUGGAUUUAGUAUUCGAGGUGGAACUGAAUAUGGAUUAGGAGUCUAUGUGUCGUCUGUUGAUCCAGGUGGUGUGGGUGAACUACAAGGACUACAACCAGGUGAUUUAAUUGUGGAAGCUAAUGACAUCUCUUUCAAGAAAAUUUCUCAUAUUGAGGCAGCAAAGAUUAUCAAGGCAGCUAGAAAGUUAGAGCUAACAAUAUGUAGAGUAGGAAAAAUACCAGGAACCCAUAUAGUACAUCAGACCUAUAAAUGGAUUGACCCUAAAGGUCGUGCUGUAUCCCCACCCCCAGAACUAGAACAGCUUCACCCUGAGAUUUCCACAGAACACAGACACAGAUCUAGUUUAACAUUACUUAAAGGUAGUGAUGAAAGAAAGGUGAACGUUGUGGUACCUAGAAGUAAAAAUUUAGGUCUGAUGGUAAGAGGAGGUCGAGAGUUUGGUCUAGGUAUUUAUAUCUCUGGUGUGGAUCCAUUCUCUGUUGCAGAAAAUGCGGGAAUAAAAGUUGGAGAUCAAAUUCUUGAUGUUAAUGGGCAUAGCUUUUUGGAUGUCAGCCAUUCUAGAGCUGUAAAAAUUUUAAAAGUCAGUCAUCACAUGGUAAUUACCGUCAAAGAUGUUGGAAAAUUACCAUUUGCUAAAACAAUCAUUGAUAAAACCCAGUGGAUAGAGAAAGAUCAUAUACCUCCACAGUCUCAUCAAGUUCAUGGCAGGUCAGUUAAUUACCCGCUUCUGUCAAGAGAAAAAAAUGGAUUUAUGAGGGGAGCAGGAUCACAGUUAAUGUUAAACUCCAUGGCAAGGACACAAUGGGAUAUGAUAGAAGAACAGUCUAGAAUAUUAUUGAAUGAAACUGAACAAGCUACAUUACGCUAUUAUUUAACAGAAUAUCAACGAAAUAGUAUCAUGAUAGAUGGCCUGGUCUUUGCUUUAUUUGAACUACUUAAUACUCAAGCCAAGAUGACAUUAAUCAAUGAAAUCCGUCCAAUACUCCAUCCUAAAGAUUUAGAUACAUUUGAUCAUCUUGUUCAUAAAAAAGAAGCAGAAGUACACGGGGUGAGUUCAGGUUUUUUUUAUAUGCCCACAUUUUUUGGUAUUUCAAGUUAUUUCACCAAGUUAAAUAUACAUCAAAUGAAUCGCUGUUCUACUGGGGGCUUGGUAAUUAGGUCACAUAAAAUUCGGUCAUCAGAAAAUUUGAUCACAGUAAAAAGGUCACACAGUAAUUUGGUCACAGUAAAAAGUCACACGAUAAUUUGGUCACAGUAA